AUGGACAAAGCAUAUCCAUUAAGUACUUCAAUAGUUGUUCAAUUACUUGAUGUAAGUAAAGACCCAUUCCGACCUGUGGAAGAGGGUGAAGAGAUUCUUAGUCCUGAAGUACCAUAUCUCAGUGCUAUUCGUGCACUAAUGUACCUUGCUAAUGCUACAAGGUCGGAUAUAGCAUUUUCUGUUAAUUUGCUAGCUAGGUAUAGUUCUUCCCCUACACGAAGAUACUGGAACGGAGUAAAACUUAUAUUGAGGUACCUAGAAGGGACUGUUGAUAUGGGUCUGUUUUAUACUAACAAAGCUAGUCCAGUUCUUGCUGGUUAUGCGGAUGCAGGUUAUUUAUCUGACCCACAUAAAGCACGGUCCCAAACAGGCUAUGCAUUUACAUAUGGAGGUACUGCAAUAUCAUGGGGAUCGACAAAGCGGUCCAUCGUUGCUACUUCUUCUAAUCAUACGAAGAUAAUAGCAAUCCAUGAAGCAAGUAGAGAAUGCAUAUGGCUGAGACUAGUAGGACAUGUAGACACGUAA